CCUGAGUACGUUAACAUCAUGGCGAGUGUCGUCGAAGAAAUAUCUUUGCCUGCUAAUAACACAGGAUAUGUGGCUCCAAAGGCGUCGAUAUCUUAUGAGGAGAUGGCAAUAAAACUUCUCAACGAGAAGCUUUUUUUAACGGCUCUGGAACUGCAUGCUGAAUUAUGUGAAGUUGGUAAAGAGAUGCCCAUCCUCAAGGAAUUCUUCUCAAAUCCGAACAAUUUUGAGAGCUCCAAUAUUAAACCAGAGCCGUAUACCUCGAUGCCCAGAUCUUCUAGUCAGGCUACCUUGGAUUCAUUGGAUAUGACCCGAUAUUCAGAGGAUGGAGCUGGCGUUGACGAGAGAGUAGCUAUUCUCGAAUUUGAAUUACGCAAAGCCAAAGAAAAUAUUUCUGCGCUGCGUGCUAAUUUGACUGUAGUAACAGAAUUGGAUGGUAUAUUGAAGGUACCAGAUAAGAACUCUGAAAAAAAUUUAACUACCGAAAUACCCAUAAAACCACAUGAGCAACGAGCGUUGAAUUUUCUCAUCAAUGAAUAUCUGUUGGCAAGAUCGUACAAGCUCACCUCGAUCACGUUCAGUGAUGAAUGUGAAGAACAGAAUUUCGAGGACUGGCAAGAUGUGGGACUGAAUAUUCCCAAACCUACAGAAUUGUUGCAGAUAUAUCGGGAAUAUAUGAGAGCCAACAGAUAUGACAAAUCUCCGUCUAUAAGCAUCGCCGUACAAACAGACUUUGUCAUCGAAGAUGUUGAGGAACAGAAGGAUGAAUCUCCAGAAAUGUCAGAACAGAUUGAAAGGUUGCAGCAGCAUAUUACAGUGCUGGAGCAAGAGAGAAACACUCUCCAGGAAGUUAUUUUGUCAAAUAAGGAAAUUGUUAUGGAAAAUCCGUCAGGUAGUUGUGGAACUAUCCGUACCAUCAAUUCCAACUCAACAACUCCUGACAAGUUUGAACUACUCGAACCAUUACCAAGAGAUAUGUCGAUCACUACUCAGGAACCGGAAGAAGAUGAUAGCGUUUCUGCGGUAGUUAGUCUGGACGAAACAGAUCCAGGAGACAAAGAGUGGACUAGAUUGCAGUUACCUAGAUUAAAUAUUACAGAGAAAUCCUCUGUCCUACCAACUGCAUCCUCCAGAGAUUUACCAAGUAAAUUCAAGUCUGAAAUAAUGACACACUGCAUGGCGAAUGUUUCGGGAUCAUUAAUCUCCUCGGUGGGAGAAUCAUUAAAAUAUGGAAUUACCCGGAAUACAUUAGUUGACAUUUUAGCAUAUACUCUGCCACGCGUGGUACCCAACAUUAUCCUUAAUAGACGCGAAGAAAUUAUUCCUCUGAUCCUUAGUGCAAUUCAUCUCCAUCCCAAUUACAGCGAGAGGGAUAAGUUACUACAAAUGCUAUUCAACUUAAAGAAAAGACCGCAAGAGGAUGAGCGACAAACGAUAUUGGCCGGUUUAAUUGUUAUGGCGAAACUCGCAGAAGAGUCAUUGGAAACAGAAGAAAUUCUAACGAUUUGUUGGGAACAAAGUCAACAUAAGUAUUCAGAGAGAAGAUUAUUAGCUGUCGAAUGUUGUUCUGUGUUGGCAUCCUACACAUCAGCUUCCAUUAGAAACUCAUUGAUGCUGUCAAUGCUGCAACAAAUGUUAUUGGAGGAUAAAGAUCCUGUUGUACGAACUAGUGUAGUGAAAAGUCUCGCGCUACUUAUAGCUUUGAUGGACGAUCCUGAUAAAUACUUCCAAUGCGAGGAAUUGGUAUUGACGGCACUUCACGACACGACAUCGAUAGUCAUUGAGACAGCAUCGUCAGUAUUAUUACCAGUUUUGGCACAGUGGGCAUUAUCCCUGAAGAGGUUGCAUUUAAACCUUUUACCACGUAUAAUUUCGAAAGUUAAAAAUCAGCUGAAGCCGACCCACUCACAGACUUCGCCAAACAAAAAAGACUAUGUCGACGAAGAGAAAUUGAUGCCGUCGAUCAGUAUUCUGCAGUGCAUCUUACCUUACACAGUGUUGUGUGUUGCCAAUACUGAUGCAGUGCGAGGCUGCAUCAAAGAUGAUACGUCACCAGACUUGUCCGAGGAAUUUCUGGCGUUGUGUCACUCUAAUAUCAUCGACCCGAGAAUAUUCUACGAGGAUUCCGUCGACGUUGGUGUUCUUCUCAAUUAUUAUCAAUAUGUUAUUUAAUUUUUACGGGAAUUAAAUUGAAUAUCAAUAAAUCACGAUUUUAUUUCAGUAUCGGAAAAUAGAACAAUAAAAUUCUUGCUAGUAUUUCAAGUUUUGGAUAUGGUGAAAUCUGUGGACGCAACUCAGGAAAACGUUCUAAAAGCCCUUCUCACGUAUAUUUAUUCAUUGUGCAUAGGUUUUGGGAAAUAUAUUACACAAUCAAGGAUACAGACAAUAUUUUCCUCAGCAGUAUCAGAACUUGAGAAACAAUUGACAGUUUUAUCGGCAAACAAGAAGAAUAUGAGUCUUUCAUUGAUCUCAAGUUACUUAGUGAUUCUAAGUACUUUUGAUUUCACGGAGCUCGCAAAUUAUUUCAAACAAUUUCUCGUAGUUUUAUCUAUGAGCGGCACUAGUAUAUCUUGUUUGCAAAUCGCUGCUAGUAUUUUAUGCACUCGUGAACAGACACAAGAAUACGUGCUUUCUAGUCUAUGGGAUGGUGUAAUGCAUCAAAGGCCCUCUGUAAGAUGUGCAACAGCAACACUAUUCGGUUCCAUUAUAGGGCACAUUUCAGAUCAACUAGCGAACACCAAGAUCGUACCAGCCAUUGUAACACUUGCCAACGAUCCUGAAGUUGAUGUACGUUGUGCUGCAAUCUCCACACUAGGCCGAAUAAUAACGGAAUGCAAGGUGAGGGAGGCACGUGAUAAAGGACGUUUAACAUUGGAAACAAUCGCAAAGGAUUUUCAAGAAUUCUCUCAAACUUUAGCAACAUCGUUAGUAUCCACGUUUGCAGUCAUCGCUCCUACUUGUCCGCAAAGUUAUAUAGAAGACAUAAUAGCGGCGCAUUUAUUGAUGAUUGCAUCGUUCGCACUUCAACAGAGCCACAAAAUCGAAUUAAUAAACGCGUUGGUGGAGGCAUAUUCUGUGCUAGUUUACUGUCCGUUAAGUAGUCAAUGCGUUUCUGUAGUAAUACUACCGGGAUUAAGACAUCUUGAGACACUGGUAAAUCAGUGUCUACCUCAGCAAAGAGAUGCAGUGCGUUCUCUAAUCAGAGAAGCAGAAUCCAGACAAGAUUUAUCAAAACCAAUAGAGAGGACACUCUCAACAAGUUCCGGACUUUCCCUAUCGAUGGCAACGGUAAAUGUUGGUCAAGGUGUCGAGGACAUGCGUCAGAGGAUGAGCAAGAUCUUUCAACAUAAAACUAGAUCAUCUGGCAUACCGAGUAUUUUCCGCAAGAAAUAAAUUGAUUUUUGUCUUGUAGCGAAAUCGUGACAAAAUCGAGUGUCACAUCAGUGAAAGGCUCGCAAGAGCAAUCAAUAAGAUUGUUAGAUAUAAAUGUAUAAUGUUGUUUUAACGAAUGUUAACUUAUUUUUUUAUUGUGCUAGCUUUGUAAGUGUG